CACGUAUAAAACAAAAAAUAAAAUAUGGCGUAGAUAUAAAUAUGGAUGAAUAUUUGUACAAUGCAUAAUUGAUGGCAACGGCCCAUUGAAUUAAGAAGGUGAACUAUAACAAUGUAACAAAACAUCUUUUUUCAUCAAUUAUCUAUUAUGUGCAAGAGCAUGUUGUUUACUUGUUUUUAUUAUUUAGACCUGCUCUUACGAAUGAUGACUUCAGAAAACUGCUGAUGACUCCAAGAGUGGGUGCCCCUGAUGUUGCUCCACCUUCUGCAAGUGUUGCGAAAUUGAAAGUGUAUGUACUAUAAAAUUACAAUUUAACAAGCGAGCACACUCAAUAUACACUUGCAGAAAGUAUGUCGCGGUCACCUUGCCUAUAGUGCCUCAUUUUCAUGAUUGACAAGUUAGGCUGUCACAUACACGAAGACGAGACCCUAUAGCCAGAGUGACAUACUUUCCGGAAAGGUGUAUUGCCACUGUAGAGAUUUUUGCACGACGAAAAAUACAGACUUUUAUGCGUUUGGCUGGUUGCAGGUUGCAUGUCUUCAUGGGCGGAUUUACUGGGGGGUUAGGGGGGGGGGUUAAACCCCCUAGAAUCUCUCUAACCCCUCUUAUAAAGUGUUCAACCCCACCAAAACUUCGCUUCACCCCUCCUAUUUUGCAUGAAAGUCGUUAACCGUAAUGCCUAACCCCUGCCGAAGCUCGCCCAGUGGUGCCACUUGCACCCCACUAAGUAUUUUCCUCAUCUGAAGACACCGUUAAUACGGCCACCUCGCUAAUACGACCAACGGCUACCUUUUGAUGUCCCCAACUCUUAAUAUGACACUUAAUAUACAAAACAAUGCCCCAUUGGCCGUUUAUGUAGUGAAGACAAGCGUAAUUUAAUGUAUCAUAGUCAAACAAUUGAACAGUAAAUUGGAUUACAUGUGGCUAAAAGAAAGUGUAAACUUGACAAAGCGUUUUUCAAAGAUGUUAAAAAAACAAUUAAUAAAACCGUUAAUACGACUACCCCGUUAAUACGACCCAAAAUAUUUUGGCCGAAUGGUGGUUGUAUUAACAGGGUUCUACUGUACUUGAAAAACAUAGGCAGAACUUCGAUGUUCUGACGGCCUUCGAGGCUUUCAACCGCUCGAAACGUCGCAGUUUUUCAGAUAUUUUUCAGAUAGUUGUAUAUCUUUCCAGGCCUACAAAAUAUAUUUAUCUUCCUGGCAGCAAAAUCCAAAAAUAAAAUUUCCUGUGUUAGUCAAAUAUACAAUAAAACUUUCUGCAUACACUGUAUGUAGAUUUCAGAGAAUGAAUGAUGCCUCUCUCCUCCGCAGAGGUUUCAAUGAGCUUUACAUGGCGCUUUACUUAGAUUAAAAUUUAGUCUAACAUGCAAGUUGUCCGUUGAGCAAGUUGACCACAAUCGAUAAGACAAACUAUAUGUUAGGAAUGAACCAUGCGUGAUUGAAAGAAUGUCAGUUUAAAUCUGGCAAAGCGCCUGAGAGCCUUGGGUAAAGUUUUUCACCCAAAAGAGUGUAUACAGUAACUGUAAUCACAAGCUUAGUGUUAUAGCCGACGAUAUAUCUUAUAUCAUUUUUUAGACAAAGCAAAUCAUAUACCGAUAAUAGUGAACAUGAAAAUCCUGCCGCACUCAGAAGGAAAAGAAAAAGGUACGAAUGUUUGCUAACACUUCCACAACAACACUUUGACGUACUGUUUGUACACAUUGCAAGGUUACUGGAAGCUAACAGCAGCACAACGUGGAAUUUGAAUAAUGAAAUUUGACAGGAAUUUUGGCUUUCCGAGGCUUGAUCAUAUUUGCUUUCUUUCUAAAAAUAACUUGUAUCAUUACUUAUAUAUUUCCAACAUUUGUGUAUUUUUUAAGUCAUUAUGCGAAACUGAAAAAGAUCGAGGAAGAAAGAGAAAAAGAACUGGCAGCAAAAUACAGAGACAGGGUAAAUAUCAUUGAAUACACAUGCAUGGUUAAUAGGAAACAUGCACUAAGUUUAAUGCAUCCAAUCGUACUAGUAAUUGAACUGGAUGUUGAAUUGUAUUCCAAAUAAGUCUUUUCUUGUUUAGAUUAGUUCAAAUGUUUAUUGCUGAAACUAUAAAAGGAUUUCUAAUCAUUUUCUAAAAAUUCAUAAAAUUAGAUUUAGAACGUUAUUUCUUCCUCAGGCACGUGAAAGACGAGAUGGAUUCAAUCCAGAUUAUCAAGGAACAGAUGUGAAUCUUAAAGCAUCUGGAGAUUAUAAAGCAGUCGGUCCAACUGCUGAAGCAACGUAAGUUGGAAUGCACUGGAUAUGAUAUCGGGCUGGAUAGCUGGCAGGGUAGUGAGUUAAUCUCCUUCUCACUGGAAAAGAUAGUGAAGUCCAUCAGUGCAAUGGACCAUUUGCAUUAUGGACUAAUUUUGAUCUAAACAAGUCUAGACCAAAAUUUCAUCACAGCUUGAAAGAGCAACACAAAAUUAGUAAUAUUCCAAAGUUUCGUUGCGAAAUGUUGUAAAAUUCGGAUAAUAUAGCCUUGCGAAAUUGCAAUUUUCAGUCAUUUUGUAUUACAAACGGGAAAUUAAUGCCCCAACACCCGAUUGGGCUGUCAAUUUCCCGUGCGUAAUACAAAAUGACUGAAAAACGGCAAACUUCGCAAGGCUAUAUUCUCCAUAUUUUACAACAUUUCGCAACGAAACUUUGGAGUAUUACUAAUUUUGUGAUGCUCUUUCAAGCUGUGAUGAAAUUUUUGUCUAGAUCAAAAUUUAGUCUAUAAUGCAAAUGUCCAUUGCAUCACUAAAUCCAUAGUAUAUCCAUACUAUUUCCACACUAUAUCCAUAGCAUGGAAAUGGCAAUUCGUAUGAAAAUUGGAUUUCCAAACUAUUUCCAACGAAGAUCGAUCAUACUGUUUCCAUAGUAAAGAUUUUGUAUCCAGUAUAGUCAUAUUUAAUUUUAAACAACAAAGAACUUAGUUAACAUACUUGUUUGCAGUUAGCAUACUUGUUUGCAGUCAACAUACCUGGUUGCAAAAUCCGGUAAGUGUAUUUGGCUAUUGAAGGUGUGAACAUGACUUUUGUAACCAUGCACGUUCACUGACGUCAGACUCAGUGCCAGCUAUAGGGGGUAUUGCAACUCAAAAGUGAUGAAGUCCCUUAUAUUUUCUUGAUACAAGAUUGCUUGACCAAGAAUAAAACUCCUAGCUGCGUAAUAUGGAAUAAAGUGCAAUACAUUGUAAAACACCGCUCCUGUUUUGCAAUUAUGACGUCAUAGGCCCCUGGACAUUUUGGUGGGGGCCCCGCUCACCUUUCGGCAGCCUUGUUCACACUGAAGUUUUUUCGUUGAAAUAUUUUUAUUUGAAAUGGCAUGAAUUUCAGGAAUACUGCAGCUGAAAUGAGAAAGCGAGCUAUUCAAGAAAGUAAAUUCUUGGGUGGUGACAUGGAGCAUACUCAUUUGGUGAAAGGCCUUGACUUUGCUUUAUUACAAAAGGUAAUUUGUGUGUUUUGUAUCAAUUCUGAAAUAGUUUUCCUUUAUUGAACGAUGUUCAAACGGCAAGAGUGCGAACGGGCCUCAAGACCCAUGCGAGACAUUCUCCCUCUUGAAUUUUGUUUACAUCUAAUAUCAUUAUUUACGGCAAUAUUAUAAAUUGGUAAACAUAUACCAGCUGAUGUUAAUUUGUGAUGUUACUCUGAGUAUGCAUCCACCCCGGGCAAGCUGAAAAGUUUGCUUGGCCACGGUGGGAAUCGAACCCGCGACCUUUGGGAUAUGCAUACUCACAGUAACAUCACAAAUUAACAUCAUAUUCACUUGAGCACAUAACACCAACACACACAAAUAUACCAGCUGAUUAAUAUCUCAAAUUAGGACGCUAUUGCACCACAUAUAAAUUAUCAUGAAUGUAGUAUACGUUUCGCAAUGUGUAACAAGCAAAGUGAGAAGACGUUUAAGGACGUGGUGUACGACGUUGCUGCAUGGGGCUUAUGAAACUAAUUAUUUAUUUAAAAUAAUUCAUUAUUUCUGAUUGCCUUUAACCAACUGAAAUCGUCAUAUCAACUUAAUAGCUGACCAAAUAUGCAGUUUCGACAUAAUAUUCAACGAAAUGACGUCAUACCGUUGAUAUGAAAUAAUAAUAUUAAACGCUGUGACUCAUGCCAAUAACGAUUGCCGAAGGAGUGAGGAAUUGUAUCACAACACAAAUGGCUUCCUAUAACCGGCUGCUUUUUCAUCUUUGAAAUAAAUAAAAAACAAUUAUUGAAUUCGGUUUUCGCAUGAUAUGACGAAUUAUCAAGACCUCAAUUUGUGUUGCAAUUCUUCGCAUCCUGCGAAACCUCCCGGAUGAAAUGGCGCUAAUGGAAAACGUCCUUUAAGAAGACCGAUAAGUGACUGAUUAGAGUUUUAACAGGUGGUUGAUACAGAACAAGUUUUGCUCAUACUGUGACAAAUGUAAUUUCCUUAAUGAGCCCUAAUCCAUUAAGGUACGAAGUGAAAUUACCGCUCAAGUAUACACAGAUGAAGAUUUGACGAAGAAAGGAAAACAUAAACCCAAGAAUGAAAAGUAGGUUUACUUAUUUAAGAAUAUAUCAACAGGGUUCGUUUCCCCCCUGGAAAUCCUGGAAAACUCUUUGAAGAGUCCUGGAAUAACAAAGUGACCCUGAAAACUAAACUUUUGUCCUGUAUUUUUAAAGUUAUGAAGGUUUACGAGAACCCUGUAUCUAAUUUUACCCCAAUAACAACCUGUGACAGUAUAGGCACGACGGUGUUUUUGAAAUUAUCUACAUCUGUUGGCUUUCCUUUAUAGUUACUCCUAACCUACAGUAAUUGUGGAACUUUCAGGGGAAAAGCAAUUCGUUCGAAACUGUACCUCGAUUCUGCAAUCCCUCGAAUAUGUAAUAUUUUCUGUCUCUCACGUUAGAGAUUAUUAGAUAAAUUAUUUUAUGUCUGUCAUGUUAGAGUGGGAAAAGAAGUUGAAGAAGAAAUAGAAGAUGAUGAUGAUGAUAGUGAUGAAGAAGAUGAUAUGCAAUUUUCAACUGUUCUAGGUACAGCAUGUUGUUCAGUGAUAUUAUAUGAACCAAAUGCAAACAUCAUUCGUAUUCUUACACAAUCACUUGUGAAUUAUGACUGCAUUUGGAAUACCAUACUGUAAGAUCUGAGAUAUUGAUUAUGUCUUAUACUUCACAGGUCAAAAAAUUUAUAGAUCAGUAUUUAAGAACAGACCAGCUGACAAGAACGAGUUAUUUCAACCUGGUAGAAUGGUAAGUAGAAGCAAGAGAAAAUAAUAUUUGCGUCGUGUUUCUGUUCUUUAUUACCUAGCUCUCUGUUAGAUAAUUUUAUAUUUUAUGACGAGUACGACAACGAGUAUAAAAAGACUCGAAUAAGCACUUGCGAUAUUUCGUUAGUUUCUCAAUCACUGGAUGACGUGGAUGUGAUAAAUAUAUAUUUUAUUAAAAUAACAGAGGAAGUUAACGUAGUAGGUAGCGGUGUCUUUCUGCUUAUUUGAUUAUGCGUGGGAAUUCUGUAAUAGAUUUCUUCGCACCGUAAGUUGGGUAAUUAAUCAUAGUGUGUCAUUCCUUCUUGACUCUCAUUCCACCAAUAUAAGUAGACUUAGUUCUUGGUGUGUGACUUACAAUAAACUAUACCGGUUAAUAUUGUUUGUCUAUUGGGGGUGUAGCCUCUCGUACUUUAGUUAAUUGUGAGGUUAGUUUUAUCAUGGUAUGUUUGAAAUGAUAUGUGAUUUUAUCUUAGGCCUAUGUGUUUGAGUUGGAAGACGAAUAUGUGGAAAGUGACAUCCCUACUACCUUAAUAAGGAGUAAAGCAGAUUGCCCUGGAAUGGAGGUAAUUGUUUAUUUUACUGAAUUAUUUCUGAGAGUGCAGAGUGUACACAAUAAAUAAUAGUUAGACAGUAACAGCGUUGUUCACACUAGUGAGAUCAACAUAAGCUGGGAUACAGAAGAACAAUUUACUUUGGAUUUAGAUACAACUCAUGGGCGGAUUUACUGGGGGGGGGGGGGGUUAGGGGGUUAACCCCGCCUAGAAUCUCUCUAACCCCUCUAAUAAAAUGUUUGCUGUAUAUUUAGGCUCAGACGACAUUAACUACAAAUGACAUUGUCAUCAAUAAAUUGACGCAAAUCCUGUCCUAUCUCAGACAAGGCAUGCGAGGAAAGAAGAUGAAGAAAAAAGACAGAGGUAGAAGUCAAUCAGACUUUCAGAUUUACCUAAUUUGGGCAUACCCUUAUCAAAACAUUUUGGUUUUGAAUGACCGCAUCCUUUCAUAAUAUGGAGUAUGUAGUUGUAUAAUCUCGAACGAUCUGUGCCAGUCCGAAGAAUACAAGAAGAACUUGGACGUUUCGAUCGAAAGUCCAUCGGCGGUAAGUUUCGAGCGAAGGCCCUUCGUUGGUAAGUUAACAAAUCGCCUUUGCUCGAAACGUCCAAGUUCACCUUUAUUUUUCACGUAGUUGUAACCCUGUCAAUUAGCCAUUCCGAAGUUGAUGAGUGGACUGGGAAAGUGCCCAAAUUAAGAAAUGAACCAAAUCACUAAAAAGACCACCUCAAAAUUACUUUGUAAACUUUGUAAAGUUUGAAGACGUUUACAUGAAUAUCCUUCGAAUAAUAGGCUUUCGAAAAUCGCGAUAUUUACUAUGAAAUGUAUUGUAAUUUUUGUUUUUGGGUCGCGCGUCACAAAAACAAUCUUUUAAUCAGUAAUUUCACAAUUUCGAAAGCCGAUUAUUCGAAGGGUAUUCAUGUAAACGUCUUCGAACUUUGUAUACUUACUAAUUUUGAGGUGGUCUUUUUAGUUAUUUGGUUCAUUUCUUAAUUUGGGCCAAUCUCGAAACCAGAGCCCGCAAUCCUGUGUGGAGGCUUGCUGAGGCUCUGGGAAACUUUUGCACGAAAAUCAGUACAUUUGGAUCCAGUACUCCGCUCGACAUUAUAAAUAGACAUUACUGCCGUCAAACAUGAUUUGAAAAAUUAUUCAAAGAACACUUGCCAUGGUUUUGAAUUGUUGUAAGAUACUGGUAGUGAUUUAUUUUAACUUGUUUAAUUACGGUAAAUCAUGGAUUGUUGUGUUAUUUUAAAUAUUAUUGGCAACGGUUUAUCAUGACCUUAUAUGGUAGUGCUGCACUGUUGUUAUUCUACAUUUUGUUAUUGGCAUAUCAAUAUUUGAAUAGUCUAUUGAUUUCAUAUGAGAAGCUAGGGAAGAUUAAUAAGUUUAUUAAAGUUAUGCUGUGUGUUUCAUUGAUAUGUUUAAACAUAAUACACAAAGAGAAAUAAACGUUAUAUUAAUUUAAACGAUGUUUGAAUCACUAAAUACGGCUAACGGCUCACAGUUUGAAUAAUAAUUAGCACUUGAAAAACAACCAAUCAGAGCCCGACUUUGGCUGGUGUUUCCCAGAGCCUCAGCAAGCCUCUUCAGAGGAUUGCAGGCUCUGGUUUCGAGAUUGAAUUUGGGCACUUUUUAACACUCGUCCCCAGUCCUCUCAUCAAUUUUGGAAUGGCUAAUCCACAGCUUUCUUUUUGUAAAAGGGAGAACAUUCACUGGAGCGACUUUUAGACUCACCAAUGACAUAUACGAUCAUUUCAGGUAAAAACAAGGGUUUGGAUGAUCCAAAUGAACACAGACACAGAGGGAAAAUGCAAGGUUUGGAAAGGUGAGGGACUACGUGUUUGUGCUGUAUUUUGUAUUUAUGCAUAUUUUUAACACGAUCAACAAACAGAAAAUUCUUGCAUGUAGCUAUACUUCUGGGACCGGUUGUUCAAAGCUGGAUUGGCGCUAACCCUGCGUUAAAAUUUAACACGCUAUUUUCGUUUGGGUGCAGUGUAUACAUUUUAGAAAAUAAAACUUCUGCUGAUCCAGACAAGAUUUGUGAAAGAAAAUAUAUCCCCUUGCUUAUAAAGAAGCUGUUGGGAAUAUUGCUUUGAAGUUUUUAGUUAACGUACAGACCCCAAAAUAAGUGCUGCUCACCGGUCAUUGUUGUAUCCCAACAACUAAGUCUCACCUGUUAGAACAGUAUACCGCAGGCAUUGCGCCUAAAGCCUAUGCUCACAACUCAACUUUCUUUCAUUUCUCAUUAAAAGUAUGUGGCUCAGAUAUGCUAUGGCAAACAAUCGUUCUGUUAUAGUUUCAGUCCAAAUACUAAAUAUUCUUGUGUAAAUUGCGCGGUAAUCAUGCAUACGUCUUCAUCAUUUGUCAGUUUUUCUCGCUAUUCUCGCCAAGAAAGUGGGCAUUUUCUUCAGAAUAAUUAUCAUUAAUUAUACUUGUACAAAUCACAUGUUCAAAUAUAGGCGAAAAACAAGAGAUGACCGGCAAAAAAGCCGUUGUAUAAAUUUGAUAAUCCACCGGCCAUGAUGGAUUGUCAAAUUUAGGUUUAGUUUUCAGGAUACCUUCCAGAUUUAUUUCGAGGCAUGUUAAUUCGUAUACACUGUUUGUAUGACACGAUUUACAACGUAAUAUGGAAUAUUUUUACCAUUGUAGUAUUUAUGAAGAUGUUGGUGAUUAUAAUCACCCCAAUCUAAACUCGCGAGAUUCCAGGAAAUCUAAAGAUGCGAAAAAAGACAAACGUCAUUAUUUUGAGAAGACCAGUCAUGGAGAAAGUCAUGUAAGUGUCUUAUUGAUAUUUUUCCAUUUUAUAUAUUCCGUAAUAUUCAAAGAAGAUCCAGGCUCAAGGAUCUUUCGAAAGCUUUGCCAAAUAAAUAUAGAAAGUACUACCAUUUAUUAUUUCAUAUUUAACUUGUACCAUGUUUUCUUUUAUAAAUAGGCGGAAGAAUCUAGAAAACCAGGUACUGUAUGCUAUUAAAAUUUGCAGAAAGAAUUAUGGUUGCAUGGACUUCAUUAAAAAAUAUGAUACUUUUAAAAAUUUUUACGACCGAUUAUUGAUAAUGGGAGAAAUGCAUGGUAUAUAUAGCCUGUGAGCAGACUCUAUAUUAGGUCUGGCUUUUACACUGGUUCUGCCCCAAUAUGCAUGGAGCUUCGAUCUGAGUUCGAUCAAACUAAAGUAUUACUGGUCACAUACUCGCAUGCCCGGAAAUCUAAACCUGCGGAAAGGAGGGACCGCUCGCAGUCUAUUUCUGAUACAGUAUUUUAGCUUUCUAAAAGAUUGCCAUGUUUGUGGUAUGUGUUUUUUUAAUUUAUUAUUUUCGAAUUCAACGAAAUAAAUAAUUCGAUAUAAUUUCGUGUUUAGAAGUUUCGGCGAAGGAGUUCGCCAAGAGCGUCACGAGGCAGUUCAGUGACAAGGUAUUGUAAAUUGAAUAGCGUACUACAUGAACGGGGACUUAGAACUUCAGAAUCUUGUUGGGACUGUAAAUUUGAGUGUAUAGGUAGUAAAGUACGGCAAGUGUGCACUUUAACUGGAAAAAUUACACGGACCAGUGUAGCCCGGCUGACCUGGUCAGCGAAAUUGAGCCCAUAUAUACUUUAGUUGAAGGAUCUUGUAGAUGGAAAUUAUCGAGUGGAAAUUUAUAUAUAUUUAUUAGACAUAACCAGGAACAGCUGCGAAAAAUGCAACUUUAGGUCCCUGCCAGGAGUCGUAUCUGCGAUUCCGGUGCAGCGCUCUAACCAACUGACCUACAUACAGAGGUCAGCCGUCGAGCUUUAUAACCACAAGUUCAUGUAUAUAUAGUAUAGGGUACUGCCAUGUUUAGGUUAUAGGUAAAUAUCGAGAUUUUGUUGGCUUCUCACUCGAUUCAAUAAUAGUUGAAAGGUCUUGUACAGUAGAUGGAAUUUAUCGAGUGGAAAUUUGUAUACAUUUAUAUGCAGUCUAAUAAAUGUAUAUAAAUUUCCACUCGAUAAUUUCCAUCUACAAAACCCUUCAACUAUUAUUGAAUCGCGAGUGGAUGCCAACAAAAUGUUGAUAUUUACCUAUAUACUUUAGCUUUUUAGCCCGACACAUGGAAUUUCCUAUUUAAAAAUUGUAUCACCCCUUGCAAUUGAGCCAGUCAAACCUUAAUUAGCGUUAUUUUAACCCUGCUGUUUUGGUUUGUGCAUUUCUGCACGUCUGUUUAUUUCAAAAUUUGAAAAAUGAAACUUUUGUCGAUCCAGGCAAGAUACCUUAAAAAAGUACUUCCUUUUAUAUAAACAAGCUGUUGGAAUGUUUGCUUUGAAAUUUUCCUCUAACCUGGGAUUAAGCUAACCGACUUUUGAACAACCAGCCCCUGGGGUCUAGAGUUUGUAGCCCCAUCUUCUCUGGGUCAUGUAUCAACUUGUCAAAGUGUACUACUGACAUUCCCUACCUUCCUACCUGCAUACACUGGAUUUACGGGAUGUGAGCAAGCACUUCUGUUGAUAUACUGAAAAAUAUACUAAAUUCAUUGUUUCCAUCUUCUAGGUCGUGUCAGAGCAGAAGGACAAGAAAAAGUCGGGAAAAGAACAGAAAUCAAAAGAAAGUUACGAUCAUUACAGUGAAUGUUAUCCAGGGUAGGUAUUGCAACAUUGCCAACGAAGUAUGAGCGAUAACAACAAACCAUUGUUUAAUUUAAAGACGUUGCAAACCAAUGCACUUAUGUAGGAUCAAAAUUGAACCUGGGGCUGAGGAUAAUAAAAUAGUGGGGGAAUGGGUGGGGCUUACCUUUUUGAUCCUCGGAAAAGGAGAGUUGUCCGUGCAGGGAUAUAGUAAUACUGUUACCAAACAGACGAUAAGUAUACCAAACGUUAGCGUCCUCCGCAGGAAUCUCGUGGUUCACCUGCGUUGCUUGGUUUUAGAAAGCAAAUGCUGCCCGCCAAUUUAAAAGCGAUGCCUUCGGAGGAGCCGCUAACCAAACGUGAUAGAAAGCUGUGUUAUCAGAACUGACAUAAAGGAAAUUCAGUAUAUACCUACAUAUGCAUGUGCUAUAGUAGAUUGCACUGUAGCUCAACUUUCGUAAUUGAGUCCAUUUUAGAAUGAAACCUAUAACUUAUGUGGAUUCCUAUUCACAUUUCCCCACAGAGGAAUGGAUGCAGAUUACAACUACGACAGUGAGGAAGAAGUGGAUUACUCAAAAAUGGACAUGGUAGGGAUUUUUGCCUUUUGAUUUGAUUAAAUUACAUAUAUUGGACGUCCACUGUCAUUCGAAGAAAUCCAUUAUGUCAAUUCCUCUCUUUUAAACACCGCAAAACAACAUUCAUAUCCACAAGCUGCUAAGGCUAUAAUAGAGAUUAUAAUCACUAAGAAACGGGCAAUUUUGAAGCUCCCUAGGAAAAAUUGUUUUUCAAUAUGGGGCGUAUAACAUUUAUCACGUGUUUGGGAUAAUAAGUUAAAUGUGUGGUUAGAAAGCUGCGGAUUGACAGGGAUACAACUAGCUGGAAAAUACAAGAACUUCGACGUUUCAAGCGAAGACCCUUCCAACGAAAUCAGGCUGGGAAGUAUAAUACUCGUGCAAAUUUGUAUAUAGAAUCCCCAAUGAAGACGAGCCACUUCGGGAUACCUGGGUGCGCAGGCGAGGAUUGACCGCAUGACUUUAAGACACGGGUUGAGUUUAUUGGGUUUCUCACUCAUUAGUGAGCAGAUUUCCCAACAGGCUAUUGCCCAAUAAUUGAUAGGGUAUCCCAGGUACCUACGAUUUAACGUCUUUAUCCGAGCAGACGCAAAAGUCUAACUAUGCAUUUACUGAUGUCAAUGUAAAGAUAGCUCUUUCUCAUCAGCUAUAAGACCUUGAGUAUUGAACCCGCGGGUGUCCGGACCAGCUUGAAAUGCAAGCGUGAUGACCACGACACCAUAUGUGCUGGUAUAUGUCUGGUAUAUGUGCUGGUAUAUGUCUGGUAUAUGUGCUGGUAUAUGUCUGGUAUAUGUCUUCUUAAUGUUCUUCAAGUAUUACAGUUAUCUUUAUAUUCUUGUGCUUCAUAGGGUAACAAAAAAGGUCCUAUCAAGAGAUGGGAUUUCGAGACGGAAGAAGAAUACAAUUCUUAUAUGGAACGUAGAGAAGCAUUACCAAAGUAAGUUGGAACAUUUACGCUGAUCAUUGCCACCAUUUUGUUCAUUUUCUCACGUGUUAUUGGAAAAAUUUGGUAACGGCAAAAUAUCGGUCCUUCAAUAUCGGUUAUCGGAAUAUCAGUGUAUUUCCAUAUCGGUGCAUCACUACUGAAUAUUGCGCGAAAACUCACUAGUUCAAAUAAUUGGCGAAGAAAAAGGCUACAAUUGCUGAAUGGUUGGAUCAAGUCUUCUUGGAAAAGUGCAUUAAACCGUAGUUCCUGUGUCUCGAAGAUUUUUUUGUGGGUUGGAUUUGUAAGGCCCCGUUUACAUGAGACCGGAACGAAGUCAAACCGGGACCAUCUCGUUUCGGUCAUAGUAUUAUCUAUAAUAGAUGUUUACAUGAGACCGGGACGAAAAUAACUCAGACUGGUCUCAAGUCAUUCCGCCUUCUGGACCGAACCGACUGACUUCAGACCGGCAUGAAUUCAGACCGGGAUGAAUGUAAACACAAAUACAUUUCAGACCGGUCUCGGCUGUAAUCUUGACAUUGCAUAUUGGAACAACACAUGCUAGCAAAAGCCACCUGAAAAAGAAAAUUGCCUGGCAAGGGGAAUAAAUUGAAGAUUUUGUGAUCCUCGUACCGGUCUCAUGUAAACAUGUUGACAAUUUCAAUUUUCAUUCCGGUUUGACUUCGUCCCGGUCUCAUGUAAACGGGGCCUUAAAAAGCGCCUCAAAGUCGUAACAAUAAUAAUUUCAAAUCUUCUUUUGUCUCCGUGAUCAAAUGAAUGACUUUGGAAACUUAAUUUUCAUCGUGAUUUUAGAGCUGCUUUCCAGUUUGGUGUAAAGAUGAGUGACGGACGAAAAACAAGAAGAACAGGUCCAAAAGAUGAGAAGGCGAAAUUGGACAGAGAUUGGAACAAAAUCAGUCAGGUACAUGUAACGUGAUUUAGUUUGCUAUAUAAACUGAGAAUAGAAAGAAAAAACCCACAUCCGUUAAUCAACUCUUUAUUGACAUUGUAUUCGAUGUUCUUUAUUGACAGUGUUAAAAUAUUAUAAACUUUGCGUGGAGUCUGCAUUGGACUCAUUUGCAUGUGAUAGUUAAAUCUUAUUUUAAUAAGCUUCCAUUAAUUUGCAUGGCACCCUAAUGCGUCCUACUUUAUUGUUUUGUCUAACGCCAGAUUAUUUUACUCUGUCUAAAGCCCAUUUUCCACUAGGCGAAUUUGUUCGCGCCAACAGUAAAAAAGUAGGAACUGAUUCAAUUUUUUCGCUAACCAAUCAAAUUGCCAAGAUUUGGUUUUCGCUUCGCGCGAACAAAUUCGCCUAGUGGAAAAUGGGCUUGACGCCAAACGGCGCUUUUGAAAGCGUUUGAAACUGAGUGUAACUGUUACCUUUUUGUUAAUUUUAAGAUUAUUUCAAAACGAAAAACGGACGGAGGCGAUGACAGGUGAGGCCAGAACUUGAACGUAGGGUACAAUUCUUGUUUGUAGCUGCACUUAUGUGGAAAGAGUCAUUCAACACUCUCCCAAACUUGAUGGGUUUUCUCCCCCCCCCCCCCACAGGUGGUCGAGGAUAAAUAGGUUAGGGAAAGUAAAAAUUGUACAGAUCCAAGCCAAGUCUGACUAUAACAUGGUAUACUGUUUUGAUGUAUUUGGAUGAAAAAACAAAACAAAAGUAGUCUCUUGCGCAAAUGUUCGUUGGUGCGCAUUCGAGUCGUAAGAAAGUUUGCAAGGGCCCAAGGGUUCUAGUGAGUUGAGUGCCUGUAAUUAACCGUUGCUUGGUUCUUGCUGUAGCGAAUUUUACUGUAUGGUAUAUAUUUUCUUUUUAUUUUUUAGAUCAAGAAGUAAACAAGAUAGUAAGAAGUCAAGAAUGUAUUGAUGUGCAGAUUGUUGUGAUAACACUAUGUGCAACUUUUGUUUUUAAAUAAACUCUUCACAUGACAAUAAUUGAAUAGAGCAUUCUGAAUGGCAAAACCUUCAACACCACAAUUUAAACUCUUUAAAUACACCAGAUAAUAUGAGAUAGGAAGAUAUUGUGAAUGUGAAGAAUGGACAAUCAUGUGCUCCCCUGGUUGACUGGAUAUUUUAAAUGGAAGGUCAACCCAGUUAUACCUGAAAUUGCAUAAAUUCCACAUGUAUCAACUAAGUACCAUCAUUAGCCUCAGAUCUCAUAUUACAAUGAUUAAAUAUUUUAAAUAGCAUAAUAGUUUUAUUGAUGACACAAACUUUAAUAUAGUUAUACUUUCCAUACCCAGGAAUUAAUGAACUAGAAUAUCAACCUGAAGAUUAUUACUGAGACAAUAUACUGCAUUUAUACAGAAGUGAAAAUAAUACAACACCACUCAAUUACUUCGUACAAUAAAGCAGACAAAAUUCAUUAUUACACUAGCUCGUCUUUGAAGGUUUUAGUUUUUGAGAUUGAUGGAGUUGAUUGCUCUAUUGACAUGAAGUCAACCAAAAUUGUCUUUCUUUCUGGUUCAAAUUUU